AUGUCUAAAAUCUGGAUUAUUUUACAGCUGUGCAUUUUGGAGGUUUACUCAAGAUCAAGCCUAGCGACCGGCAAGUACAGCACUGCGAGUUCUUACUACCAGAACAGUUCCUGCUACCAUCCGUCCAAGGGGAACGAUGGAAACUACGUGCAAGCCCUAGCCUGCAACAACUGCUACAGAGGAAGCGACCCGAGAGGAGGUGGAAACUGGUGGCUGGUCGACCUGCUGGACGUCUACUUCAUCGAUAUAGUUGUCGUUUAUACCAUCUCAGGAUUUGAAAUGCAGUUGGUCCAGUUCCUGGUUGGAUUGGCGAACACCCUCGGCCCAGUUGUGAGGAACUCUUACGAACUUUGCGACCAGUACCAGAAACCUAUCGUGGUGCCUGGCUCCUACCAAGUCAGAUGUAAUGCCAACCUGGAACAGUACAGCAUCGUCAUCAUCCAGCAGCCCUCUACUGGUUUUGGAAGCAUGGCGUUUGCCGAAAUGGAAGUUUUCGCUGCACAAAAUCCUGAAUCAAAAGUAUGGAAAAAGUUUGCGAAAAAUCGUCUGGCAAAACCUGCAAGUGUUACAAAAAUUGUACGAUCAGCGAUAGAGUGCGUGAUCGGUUGUAGCAUCAUUAAAUGCUACUCAGUCAACUACAACCACGUUUUGAUGUCAUGUGAAAUGUUUGCGAGUUUGCAAGGAUUGCCUGCGCCCUUCAUCCUUACGGCUGAUGUCAAAUACGAUUAUUUGAAGUCUCAAUACGUUUCUCUGCUGGCGAUUGCAAUGAAAGCUACCUGGAUAGUUCUCCUCUAUUUUCGACUUGCCAAUGCAGUUAAAAACAUAGCACUCUUCAAGACUGCCACGGCUGAUUCCACAUACUAUGCAAACGCAUGUGCAGUAGCCUCACAUGCCACAGACGGCAUAUACAACACAGAUGGCUACAAAUGUGAAUGUUUUGCUGGUGCUGUAAAAACUGAAAGAGGUCUUUAUUACCUUUGUAACCAAUAUGAGUUUGAUAUCUCAGCUACAGGUAUUUUCACAUUGAAAUGUAACGCUAACAUGCCAGCAGUGAGGUACGUGAUUGUCCAAGCUAGGUACGACCUGCCUGGUAACUUGAAUGCAUGCGAGUUGCUCGUUUACGAAGCAGCAUAUCCAGAAAGCAAACUUUGGAACAAACUCCAUGACCACAGAUUGAUCCAAACAUUUUUAUUCUCGUUUAACACAAGCUCCGUACAUGGAUGUCUGAUUAGAUGCAACUUGUACAAAUGUGGUUCAGUUAACUAUAACAAUGCCAACACGGCUUGUGAAAUAUUUCAACAUCCCUUCGGUUAUGUUACUGGGAAUGUUCCAAAGCAAGUUAUAGGAUGGGACCACUGGCAGCUAUUUUAUGCAUGA